AUGCCGGUGUGUAGUGGUUUGUCGGCUUCUGUACAGCCAUCUGAUGAGGACAAGCAGCACCUCACACCUGUUGUAAAAGAUUAUUUAACUAAACAGCUUGGUCAAGAACCCUCCGUGGUUAAGAUCACCGAAGUCAGCCGGCAGAUUGUCAACGGAACUAACCACUUCCUCAAGACGAUGAUAAUAUUUGGCAUGUUCGAGUUCAUGUGGCUUUACCUUGCCAUGGAGUCCAUAGCCACAGGGCCUACGAUUGGAUCAGUAGAUCAACUGGGUCACUUUCAUUCCACACGAACCGUUCGGCGAAGCCGUGUCAUGCAAAGCAUUCCAGGUCAUGGGACAACCUCCAACUGUUUCACUGUCGAUCCACUUCGUGACAGCGGUGGUCAAACUACAGCCCAGGCGCAGACCACGCCCACUCCAAACGCCGGUUUGAGGGUGCUUUGUAUCCUUAUGCAACUUCCUCUCAGUAGAGCCGUAGGACAAGCGGAUAUUCGGGCCUACGUAAGACUUCAUGUAAACCCAGCCUUGGUGAGGCAUUUGAGGGGCGCAAAUCUUUCAAGGGUGAAAAGUGACAUUGCCGGUGACAGUCACGGUGGGACUUGCAUUCUUGGACCUUUAGUAAACUCGAGGGUUAUGUACUUGCUCCAUCCUAGUCCGACGCCUCCAACAGAGGAAGAAAAGAAGAGACUCCUGCCUCCGGUGGAAGAAUACAUGCAAAGUGUGCUUGGUCAAGUACCAGGCGAUAUAGAGCUACUUGAACUGGUGUCUGAAAUGGAUAGGGGAUGCUUUUAUGGUGUAAAGGUUAAAUUCGGUGAACAGCUAUGGCACAUGCAGUUGUACCAUUCACCAAUUAUUUACGGUAUUGAUAUAAUUGCGCUCAAGCAUCAUGCGGCACAAGAAGAUGAACGCCUCCAUCCGUAUUAG